CUAGUUUAGUCCGAUAAUAAAAGAAUGACCAUGGAGGAAGAUGGCGAAGAUUUUCUUCCAAAACUAGUAGUGUUUGAUCUAGAUUUUACAUUGUGGCCUUUUUGGGCUGAUACUCAUGUGUCUCCUCCUUUUUCAAAGAAAAGCAAUGGUUCAGUGGAGGAUAGAAGUGGAUACAAGAUAAAACUAUAUGAUGAUACAUUGGACAUUCUGAAGUUUCUCAAGUCAAAGGAAAUAUGUUUGGCAGCAGCUUCCAGGACUGAAGAUCCCGCUGCUGCUCAGGAGCUUUUGAGAGUAUUAGACAUUGACAAGUAUUUCUCAUAUAAAGAGAUAUAUCCUGGAUCAAAAGUGACUCAUUUUAGAGAAUUUACUCAGGCAAGUGGAAUCCCAUACUCCAACAUGCUUUUCUUUGAUGAUGAAGAGACAAACAUUGACGAGAUUAGCAGACUUGGUGUAACUUGUGUUUUGGUGAGAAGUGGAAUGAAACACACUGUCUUACAGAAUGGACUUGAGCAAUUUGCUGCAAGGCACAAGCAAAAAAACAGAUAGCCCCAAAAAAUCUGAUUCCCCAAGUGACACAGGUGCUCUCCCAUAUGAUGGCAAACGGGAUGUGGGAACUCAUGCUUAAAUCAAUAAUAAUAUUGCUUUAAGCAUGAGUUCAGUAAGUAUUACUUUUGUGACUGGACAAAUCAGAAGGCCCUUGAAAGGGGUCUUUGAGAGAGGAUCCAUGGAAGAAAAAAUUUAAAAUUGAUCUUAAAAAAUAGUCUCGAAAAUAUCAAAAAGAACUUGUAAUUGACAUAACAAACCUGACAGAAAAGUUUGUCUUGGAGUAAGAGACCCAGAUGUGCACAAAGAAAGCUGGGCAGGGGAGGGGAGUGGAGAUUAAGUGUUUUUUAUGCUGAAAGGGUGUGAAUAGUCAGAGAUGGAAACAAACUAUACUGAGUCUUCAUUGUAAAAACAAUCACUAAGUAAUUUUUGCCAUUAUGGUCCAUUUGAUCCAUUAAGGAGGAGAGAAUGGCUGUUAUUACAGUUGAGCCUGUGGUCGAAUAUUCUUUUGCUUAAAAAGGCAUGGAAACGAGGCGAACGGGUCUGUACAGAGCAAAAUUGACCCUUUUGCUUUGUUUGCACGUCAAACCGCUGAUAACUGUAGUAACAGCUAUUGAGUGGCAAACUAUAAUCAUUGAUAGUGGGCAAUAAUUAUUACAAUCAUUUGUACACAUCAUCAUCGUACAAAUCAAAGUAUUUCAUCAUCAUCAUCAUCGUACAAAUCAAAGUAUUUUUAGAAAGUAUUUUGCCGUGUUUAUUUCAAAUUAAGAGUCUUAAAUGCGUGAAAAUUAGCAAAGGCUGAUGUGGCUUCCUCUCUAAAUAUUUUAAUUUAUUUUUGUAACAUUUUCUGUCAUUAUUUAUUUGCAAUAACAAUUUCAGAUUUCUACUUUAAAAAUUACAUUUUUGGAAUAUUUAUUUAUCUCUUACAUCAACUCUGCAACUUGUAGUAGGUCAGUAUAUUAAUUCACAUUUAUACUGCUUAGGGAUGUAUGCAACAUUUCAACGAUAAUUUUUCUCUCAAGAUAUGUAAAAUCCUGAUUUUUCUCUCUGAAUUGUUUCCAAUAGAAUGUUUAGUGAUGAAAAAUUGAAUCAAACGAUUCCUCAGGAUACCUUAAAAUCCGUUGUUACCAAUGUAAAUUUGAAAUUGCGUUAUCUGAUGUGAAAAUUCAUUGGGCUGGAUGAAUUAAAAUUUAAACUAUUUGAACCUCUAAAA